AUGGCCGCGGCGCCACCACCGCUGUUGCUUCUUCUUCUUCUUCUUCCACUGGCCGUUGUCGAAAGUGCACGAGCACAGGCCACGCCGGGUUGCUCACUGGCACCUCCCUCGUGCAUCUUCAGUGAGCCAGGGGCCCGGUGCACCGACGUGCCUGUGCAGGAUGUCGUGGACGUGGUUCCGGUCGAGAGCCUGCAGAAUGCGUUGAAGAAGACGGCAGAGGGCCUUGAUGGCGGCUUCUUCGUGGCAGUGAGUUAUCGUGGCCUGCCAGUGCUGUCGAAGGGCUUUGGCUAUGCACGGAGCUCAAACCGCAGCGUGCCGCCCAUGGCUGAGGAUUACUUCCGCCUCGGCAGCGUGACCAAGGUCCUCACAUCGGCGUUGGCUAUGCGGCUUCGAUCCAAGGGCCACAUCAACCUCGACGACAAGUUGAGCCAGCACUUGGCUGGGCUGCGGCUUCGCUCCCGAUGGCCUGGCUUCACUGCUGACCCAACGCUGCGCCAGGUGCUCUCCCACUCUGCCGGCAUCCCGCGAGAGUCGCCCUGCCCUGAGGACGACUGCAACAUCACGACGGUGCAGGCGCUGGCCCGCCUCAACGGCACCCAGCUCAUCUUCCCACCAGGCAGGCGCACCGAAUACUCCAACCUCGGGUUUGCGCUUCUUGGCCACGCGCUGGCAGCAGCCCUCAACACCACGUACGAGCACGCCCUGCAGCAGCACGUGCUCAAGCCACUGGGCCUGUCGUCAACGGCGCUGCGUCUUCCACACGCCAUCGUGGACAAGUGGCUUGCCUACGGUAGCCAGCCCGUCUCUGCUGCCACAGUCGAUCUGGGCUGGUCAGAGCCUGAGGGCCAGGCGUAUAUGGCGGGCCAGGACCUCACGACUGUCACAGACAUGCUCUCAUACUGUCUCCUUCAGAGCGGCAGCGAUUGCAUGGAUGCAAACCUGUUUUCAGAGUGGUUUCAGGCCGUUGCGCUACACCGAGAUGGGCAGACGGCAUAUGGGCUUGGAUGGGAGGGCCAGCGUACCCAGGCAAACGAUGGUUGGCUGUGGGGGAAGAGUGGCAGUGUUGCCGGCUUUUCCGCACAGCUGCUUGUCGACACAGACCAGCAGUUGGCAGUCGGCGUCAUGUCGAACGAGCCCAGCGCCACAGACAUUGCAAACACGGUGAUGGAGAUGGUGGCCAUGUCUGUAAAGGCGACGGUGCAUAAGUUGGUGAGCGCUGCGCAGUUCCCAGCACCGACUGCGUCUUCGCGUUUCGUGGGCGUUUACGAGGGGCAGGUGCCCAGUGCAGUGCUGUCAACACGCACAUGUCUCAACACGCCAAUUCAACAACAUCAUCCCCGGCAACAACAACAACAACAACAACAACAACAACAACAACAACAACAACAACAACAACAACAACAACAACAACAACAACAACAACAACAACAACAACAACAACAAGCGUACCGCACAUACCACGUUUUUGCUGACGAUGUGUUUGUGCUGGCAACACCUUUCCAUGUGGACAUCCCGUGUCUGCUUGACGCGGAGCUUGGGCUUGACGGUGAGCCAAUUCGGUUUGUGCAAGCAGAGCACGGCAAGGUGACAGGGCUGGAGUUUCCCCACAUGUUUGUUGGUCACGUUCUCCAUCGCGUUUCCGCGUAG